AUGGGGGCGGGUCACAGCGUCGGGCGUCGGGAUUCCGACGCCGGAGCAGGCGGCGAGGACCGCCUCAGCGCGCUUCCAGACGACGUGCUCGUCAGCAUCCUCGUCAAGCUCCGCGACGCCGCGGCCGCCGCCCGGGCCAGCGUCCUCGCCCGCCGGUGGCGCUGCCUCUGGCCCCUCCUCCCGGAGCUCGCCUUCGCCGACGGCAUCCAGCACCACCGCAUAGUCCCCGCCCUCGCCGCCCACGAAGCGCUGGACCUCCGCGACAUCCAGGUUGCCACCCGAGAGGCCUCCGUCGAGUACCUGGCGGUCUGGCUCCCCAUCGCCGCGCGCCGCCUCUCCGGCUCCAUGCACCUCCGGGUGGUGUGGCACGAGGGCGAGGCCGAGGUCCGGGCGGCGCUGGAGCCCGAACAGAGAGGGGCCAUCCUGCUCCCUUGCUUCCGGCGAGCCACCUCCGUCGUACUCGAGUUCUCGUUUCUCCGCCUCGUCCUGCCGCCAUCCGGGGUGUUCGCCCGGCUCCAAAUCCUCAUGCUGGUCGGCAUCCUCGUGUACGGGCAGUGCAGCCUCGGCGACGCCGUCUCUUCCCCGCGCUGCCCAUGCUUGAAGGUUCUCUUCGUCCAGAGCGCCCGCGGUCUGGGCAGCUUCAGGAUCCACUCCAGGUCCCUCCUGCAGCUGCAGCUGUCGGAUCUGCGCGACAUGCAGCAGCUCACCGUCGUCGCGCCGUUGCUCCAGUUCUUGAGAGUGAGAUGGUGCUUUACCAAUGUAGCAUAUACACUGAAUCCAAGUCAACCAGUAGCCAGGAUCUCAGCCCCUCUCCUGGAGAAGCUCGAAUGGAUGUGUGAUUUCGUUCCUAGCUCUGUCCAGCUUGGUGAGAUGCCACCACAUCUCCGACGCCUUGUCGCUGGAAUCAUCAUGGUAUAUGGAUCAGAUUGCAUUGCUCCACACAACCGUUGUUGCAUUGGCAUUCUGCAGCGCUCUGAGCGUCUCGCUGCUCUCCGCCUCUGCCUUGCCUAUCCGCCGGUCAUAGGUAACCACAAAUACUUGACGGAAGACAUGACAAGGCUCCCCGACGUUGACUACUUGACCCUAGAUAUAUUUUCAUGUGGACAUUCCUUUGGACCCAGCUCAUUCCAUCUUCUCAGGAUGCAGUGGCGGAGCUAG